UGCGAGCAAAAUUGAGAUAAAGCAAAAUUCGAUCUAGGGUUUACUUUUACUUACAAAAUCGGAACAUGAAUCCCGGCGGUGCAAGCAUGAUUGACACGGUCGAUUGCGAGCCCGAGGUGACGCAACACGUGGAGGCUUCCAUGUCGGAUUGCAUUAAGCUUCCGACCAAACGCAAGGCCGAGACGUCGUCUCCGGUUGAGGAUCCUGUCGAAGGCGAAGGAAGCCCUGAUGAAGAGGAGGAAAAAGACAGCGGAGAAAGCGACCAGGUUUGGGGUGUCGACAGUUUCGAUUCAGAUUACGUGUCGCCAGAGGAGUCGCCUUCGGACUCGGACGAAUUUGAGCUGCGUCGUUAUUUGCGCCAUCUCUACCAGAGCAACGGUUUCUUGUUGGAUAAAGAGAUGAUGCCCAAGAAUCUGUUUCAAGGGUAUCGCCGUUUGAAUCUGGAUGCCAUAUUCAAAGAUCCCAAUAUCACGGCGCGUGAGUACAUGGAGACUAUGGCUCAAGUUGCUAUUGACAAAUACAACCAAACUGAGAAUAAGACUGUGACGCUUGACCAUAUCGUGAGGGUGGUGAUAAUGAUGAUCGCUGGAGUUAGAGCAUUUAUUACUUUCAUGGCUAGGGAGUCUCCUGAUGGAAAGCUUGUCGAGUAUCAAGCUAAGGCUGAGAUUAAGGCGUGGCAGACUAAGAUUCAUCCCAUCCUUUGCAGACCUUCCUCCUCCUCUUCCUCCUCCUCCUCUUCCUCCUCCUAAAGACUGUUGGUGUUUUCUUGAGCUUUGCUUCCCUCUCGAGGAAAGUAAUAGAAGCUAGUUAGUAUGUUGGAACCUUCUUGAGCUUUGCUUCCCUCUCGAGGAAAGUAACAGAAGCUAGUUAUUAUCUUGGAACCUUUAUAUUAAGUAACUGAGUUUUUGUAAUGGAGUUAAUCUAUAUAUUUAAAAGCUGUAAGACCUUAAUUAUGCUAAGUUAUUAUACUCUGGUUUUAAA